AACCAAAAAAAUCUGAGAUGAAAGACCAUUCAUCGGCUACUUUGAAAGCUCCAUCACUUGGGGUGAAUGUUCCAUCUAGAAGUCUUCAGGCUCAUAGAUCUGAAGGUGAAAUAUUGUUGUCCCCCAAUCUGAAAGCCUUCACAUUCAGUGAGCUUAAGAAUGCCACUAAAAACUUCCGCCCUGACAGUCUCAUUGGAGAGGGAGGUUUCGGUUAUGUGUACAAAGGAUGGAUUGAUGAACAUACACUUGAAGCUGUGAGGCCUGGAGCUGGAAUGGUUAUUGCUGUCAAGAAGCUUAAACCUGAAGGUUUUCAAGGGCACAAGGAAUGGCUGUCUGAAGUAAAUUAUCUCGGUCAGCUUCAUCAUUCAAAUCUUGUGAAACUAAUUGGAUUCUGCCUUGAUGGGGAUAGCCGACUUUUGGUCUACGAGUACAUGUCCAAAGGCAGCCUUGAAAACCAUCUAUUUAGAAGGGGUGCCCGACCACUUUCUUGGGCAAUAAGGAUUAAAGUUGCUAUAGGUGCUGCUCGAGGGCUUUCCUUUCUGCAUAACUCUGAAGAACCAGUUAUCUAUCGCGAUUUUAAGGCAUCAAACAUCCUUCUAGAUUCUGAAUUCAACGCAAAACUUUCAGAUUUUGGCUUGGCAAAAGCUGGCCCAACUGGUGAUCGGACUCAUGUGUCCACUCAAGUCAUGGGUACUCAAGGCUAUGCUGCUCCAGAAUAUAUUGCCACUGGUAGGCUAACGGCCAGGUGUGAUGUGUAUAGCUUUGGGGUUGUGCUGCUGGAGCUCCUCUCAGGACGCCGUGCAGUCGAUAAAACUAAAGUUGGCGUGGAGCAGCAUCUUGUGGAUUGGGCGAAACCUUACUUGGCUGAUAAGCGCAAGUUAUUUCGGAUAAUGGACACCAAGUUAGAGGGUCAAUACCCUCAAAGAGCUGCUUACAUGACUACGAUUCUUGCAUUACAGUGCAUUAGGGAGGCUAAAUUCCGACCACAGAUGUCCGAAGUCUUAUCCGCUCUCGAGCAGCUCCCCCUCGUUAAGCAUGCCGAUAAUCAAAGAGAAAGAGAAAGAGCCCCCAGUCCAGGGCCGAAGUCCCCGUUAAGACACAAGUACCCUUCACCUGUAAAUUCCACUGCAUCUAAAGGAGGAGGCUCUCCAUUACCAUCAUCCAAAUGAAAAUGAAGACCCUAGAGAGGGACAUGUUCUUUUAACAAUGACCCAAGUAAAUAUUCUUGACUCUCUCGUUUGGCCUGGUAGAUUCUAGUCGAAAAUUUCGCCCGCCCCUCGGUGUUCGGUCUUCGGUCUUCGGUCUGCAUAUGAAGAGGAAUUGCUGUUGGAUGUGGAGUUCUUGUUAACAGCACAGCACAGCAGAGCAGUAGAUGAAAUGGAGCUGAUUUUUGUUUGGGAGGUGGGAAGAUGUUGGGUAGAGAGGAGCCACAAUAAUUUUGCAGAGAAUAUUACCUUUAGCUGUAAGGGAUGGAAAUAUAUAUGAUGAGUAGCGUCAAUAUCAUUAUAAAGUGAGUUGCUUUACCCUGAGGGAUUGUAUUCAGAAUUUGAGAUUGAGAACCAAACCUUCAAAAAAAUAUUUAUAUUACGGAAGCUUUCUUUU